AUGGCUUCACUCAGAUUUCUCUCGCGUCCCGUCAUUGCUUUGACCUCUUCCGCGCCCCGAACUCUCCCUCGGCUGGUCCGAUUCCAAUCCACGUCGAGCAGUUACGAAAACAUUCUGGUGUCAACCCCUAAGCCGGGUGUCGGACUGAUCACCUUGAACCGACCGCGAGCCCUAAAUGCACUUUCCAGUGCCCUCUUUACGGAACUGAAUGACGCACUCAAGAAGCUCGAAGAUGACAAAGAGAUAGGUGCCAUAGUGUUGACGGGAAGUGACAAGGCAUUUGCAGCUGGUGCGGACAUCAAGGAGAUGGCACCUCUCACCUUCUCCGAGGCCUACGCAAAGAACUUCAUUGCACCAUGGUCCUUCCUGACUACUAUCCGAAAGCCUAUCAUAGCUGCAGUUUCUGGCCAUGCCCUGGGAGGUGGGUGCGAGCUGGCAAUGAUGUGCGAUAUUCUGUACUGCACCAAGACAGCCAACUUUGGUCAGCCGGAGAUCAAACUUGGAACCAUUCCCGGCGCUGGAGGAUCUCAACGGCUUACUGCGGCAAUCGGCAAGAGCAAGGCCAUGGAACUGAUUCUGACGGGGAACAACUUCAGCGGAGAGGAGGCAGAGAAGCAUGGUCUGGCAGCGCGGGCAUUUGACGGCGGGAACAAGGAGGUUCUGGAGGGCGCCUUGGAGACUGCGGCCAAGAUUGCCAGCUACUCGCAGAUUGCUGUCGUGGCGGCCAAGGAGGUUGUCAACAAGAGUCAAGAUCUGGGUGUCAGAGAGGGUGUCGAGUACGAGCGGCGUAUCUUCCACGCGCUCUUUGGCAGCCAGGACCAGAAGAUCGGGAUGAAGGCAUUCGCUGAGAAGAAGAAGCCGGAAUGGUCUCACUCGUGA